AUGACAACCAACACAUCAACUACAUCUAUUAAAGAAGAAUCAAGCAGUGGGACUAUAAACGCAGUGGGAAGUAUCCCAUUGAAGAUAGUUCCUGGUCGUUUGAACGAGACGAUCUUAUCUACAGGCCUAGAAUUUGGCGGUGUUGCCAGAUGGGGUCCAGCAAACUACGAGUUUGGUAUGAGAAGACUUGCUGGCACAGAAUUGGAUGGAAAAGUCAGAGAUUGGUUUGUAGAACAGUGCAAAAAUCUGGGUUGUACCAUCAAAGUGGAUCAGAUUGGUAAUAUAUUUGCUAUAUACCCAGGAAAGAAAUCAGGUACGAAGCCAACAGCGACUGGUUCGCAUUUGGAUACUCAACCAGAAGCUGGGAAAUAUGAUGGUAUCCUUGGUGUUUUGGCUGGUCUAGAAGUGCUUCGGACUUUCAAGGAAAAUGGAUAUGUUCCAAAUUUUGACGUUUGUGUAGUUGUAUGGUUCAACGAAGAAGGUGCGAGAUUCCCAAGAUCUUGUCUUGGGUCAUCAGUUUGGUCCGAUGAUCUAUCUUUGGACGAAGCUUACAAGAUUUGUUCAAUCAAUGAAGAUCAUCCAGAAACAGUCAGAGAAUCUCUCACGAACAUUAACUAUUUAGGUGAUACACCUGCAUCUCACAGUGAGAACUCAAUUGACGCCCAUUUUGAAUUGCAUAUAGAACAGGGCCCAAUAUUAGAAGAUGAAAAUAAAAGGAUUGGCAUCGUAACUGGUGUCCAAGCCUAUUACUGGGCUAAAGUCACCGUUUCUGGAGUUGGUGCGCAUGCUGGUACCACUCCCUGGAGGUUAAGAAAGGAUGCUUUGUUAAUGGCUUCGAAGAUGAUUUGUGCUGCAUCUGAGAUUUGCGAGAAGAAUGAAGCAUUAUUCACCACUGGUGUUAUGGAUAUCAAACCAUACUCUAUUAAUAUCAUUCCAGGCGAAGUCUCCUUCUCCCUUGAUGUCAGGCACACCGAAGAUGAUAAAUUGGAGGAAAUAGUCGAACAAAUAUAUGCAACCUUUGAUAAAUUGGUCAAAGAUAACAAGGGUGGUGAGUUAACUUACAAAAAGGAUAUCUUACAGGUUUCACCUGCGGUGAAAUUUAAUGAUAUUUGUAUUGAUUGUGUUACUCGUUCAGCGAAUGCUCAGUUCAAAACAGAAGAGGUUAGGACUAUUUGCUCAGGUGCUGGUCAUGAUUCUUGCCAAACUUCUAGACAUGUUCCAACCUCAAUGAUUUUCAUUCCAUCAAAGGAUGGUCUAUCUCAUAACUACUACGAGUACUCAUCUCCACAAGAGGUUGAAGAUGGCUUCAAGGUAUUAUUACAAACAAUUAUCAACUACGAUAACUACAGACUCACCAGAGGAUAUUAA